AUGGGGACGCGAAAGGUCUUUUCCGUACAGCUAGGACUGCAAUUAUCUAUCGUCAAGUAUAAGGCGCUGGUCCGUCGACUUGCACGUAUAGGCCUGGUGCUAUCCAACCUCACAACACCGCUCAAAUCAGCGAUAAGACUUGAAAUUCCCGUCAUGCUUACUUUGCAUCAAUUCACGCUUUUCAUGUCUUCUGUGUUUCUCCUUCCACUACUAGUGUCGUCACAUCCUGUUCUUGUAAACUAUCAAUCAUCUACGCCAUCUCAUGAAACCGUUCCUAAGCAAGUCGCAAAUGCUCAAAUAACCCUGGGGGUGUUCUCGAAUUCUACCAACCCCGAUUUGCACACUCUACAAGCCCUGUACGAUGGCAAUCAGAAAUUUCGGGAGAGUGCCGAUUUUCAAGCAGAUGAAGCAGAGGAUGAAAGUCCCUCUUUCAUGUUUCUUAGCUGCUCUGACAACAGAUGGAGCCCAAACUCUAUCUUUAGUACACCUGCAGGAUCUAUCAUUACGCAUACGAAUAUUGCUAACCAAUAUUCACACCGAGACGCAAGUGUAAAUUCUGCCAUUGCAUAUGCCGUAGAGUCUGUUCAUGUUCAACAUAUCAUUGUUCUUGGACACUACGGGUGCAAAGGUGUCGAGACAGCUAUAACGGAAUCGAGCAAAAUCAGUCGCCUGGUUAGAAAAUGGGUCAGACCUAUAUCCGCCAUGUAUGCCAUUUCCAGAAGGCAGGAGAUUGUGAUUCUUCGUGACUCUCGAAAGCCUCGAAGGGGUCAAGACGAUGGGAUCAAGACAGCACCUCCCGCAUCUGACCCUGGCUUUCGAGCUCUCGUCGAAGAGAAUGUCAAACGUGGUGUCAAAGAACUUCGCACCAACACCGCUAUAACUCAGGCUCAUGCAAGGCAUAUCAAAACCGCAAAAAAUGAGGACAUAGACGUCUUUGUACAUGGGUUUGUCUAUGAUGAAAGUACAGGGGAGGUUCAUAACCUUAACAUUUCUUUUGGACCCCCUGGCAAGACAAUCCCCUCUGUUCCAUUCAAGGCCCUUGCGACUGCAAGAAAUUUUCACAGAGAUCAUGAUCGUCCUGGUAUCUCCAAGGGCAAGACCUGGGAUUUUGGUGCCCACUAA